GCAUCUUCUAGGACGGUGACAAUAAUUCCUCAGCAGCUGCUGUGAUUUCUGGUGAACGGAUCACGUGGCAUCGAUAUUGUAUUCACGUUUCUCAGCGUGAAUCACUUCGGCAGUCGGAGGGAUUCUCGUUCCGGUGUGGAAACCUAGCAGCACUUCUCAUCGUGUAUCUCUUGUGUUCUUCCUCUCAUUUCAUCAUCCUCUUCAUCUUUGUGUAAACAACGCGAAGCUUCGUAUGGACUAAACCUGUCAAAUCUCCUGAUAUCCAUCAACUUGCUUAACCAUGUUCGCUACACUGCUGAAAGCUCUGUUACUUCUCUUCUGUCUCGUGCUCGUUUCUCGUCUUUUCUUCCUCGCUGUGAUUGUUCCUUGGUUGAUCAGAGAUCCCCAUGUCAUCAAGGAUCCUGCCAAGUGCCGGCUGGUGAUCGCCGCUGAUGGCAGCUUUGUCGGCAAACGAAACCUCUUGUCUCCGGUGAAAUCGCGUGCACUGUCAAACACACGGAUCCAGGCUGCCUUUGGAAUCCACAACGCGUUCACCAGCGGGGACCAUGACUAUGUGGUCGAAUUCGUUACCAAAGCCAAGGAGUACCUCAACGUCAGAGCAGAGGACUGGGUGCAAAGAGCGGAUUCUCUCCAAGACGCCGCGCAGGUCUGGGUUGAGCAUCCCAAUGGGGAAAUCCACCUCGCCAGCAUGGCCCAGUCCCUUACUCUGCGGUUCAUGAUGUUGACACUCUUCGACACUCAUUUCCGCCCGCCUCACAACACCAACUCCUACCUCGCCGGCUUUGCUCGGGCCAUUAACCAGGCUUGGAUGUUUGCGAAGGAGGAAUCCGGGCUGAUCCGCUUCAACCACAACGACAUCCUGCGUGAUAACAUCACGGCCUUUUUCCCGGCAUACGAUUUCAUGCAAGGCACCGACAACCCGCUCAACUUCAUCCUCCCGGGUUACGAGACCACCUGGCGCGUUGUCAUUCGUUUGUUUCUCGAGAUCCGACGUGCUCGGAACCAGGACUGGAUCGACACUAUGGCAUUGUAUGCCCUGGAGCCCACCAAGAUCAACUUUCUGGACAAGACGCGUGGUGGUGUGUCGGUCGAAAAUCUAGUGAUGGAGGCCCUUCGUCUGUACCCACCUACCCGACGCAUCCAUCGCACAUUCCAUUUCGACAACGAGAAGAAGAGCACCGUCGAUGAAGUCUCGUACUCGGCUGAUAUCGAGGCCUGCCACUUGUCGAAGAAGAUUUGGGGUCGCGAUGCUCUGGAAUUCAACCCACUCCGCUGGGCCCAUGUGACCAAUGAGCAGAGCGACGCGUUUAUGCCCUUUGGAGCCGCGCCUUUCGAAUGUCCGGCGAAGCGUGUGUUCGGUCCUCGGAUCAUCGCCAUCGUGGCUUCGAUGAUGGUCGGAGAAGUGGAGGAGCGAGGAACUUGGAGACUCGUCGGCCGUGAUAAGCAAUCUGCUGACGAGUAUGUGAAGGGGGUCCGUUUGGAUAACGAUCGCGGCGCGUACGACGAUCUAUUCCUUUACCUGAACGACGAUAGCGAGGAGGAGUAUUGAUCGCUUCCUCGUUCCAUCGUCUAUUCUCCCUUUGCAUCGUCUUUGGCGUCUCGGUUGUCGACUGCUCGGUGGGAUGGGUUUUUCGUGGUCUGGUGCAGAUGGUGAAUGGUGCAAGGCCGUCUCGUGGAUUGCAUUGGCUUGAUUGUAUUUUAUCU